AUGAGCACUGCGAGUUCAGCCGGAAAAUGUGUUAUUCGUGAAGUCGCGAAGGACGUAUGGACGUUCUCUUGCCCAUUCUCCCGCUUCGGGCUGUUUCCUGUGGGAGGACGAUCGACUGCUAUCAAGCUACGCAAUGGAGACGUUUGGAUAAUGGCAUCUACCCCUUUGACGGAUGAAACCAAACAGAAACUCCAAGAAAUUGGUCCUGUCAAAUGGAUUAUUGGCGCGGACGCAGUACAUCAUUUGCAUCUUGGUGCAUUCAAAAAGCAGUACCCGGACGCAAAGUUGAUCGUUGUGAAGGAAGCCAUGGAUAAAAAGGCUAAAGAGGACUUGGUAUUUCACGGAGCAUGGGGAGCAGACCCAUUAGACACGAAGUAUGGAUUUGAAGAUGAUCUGCCUUUGAGGGCUAGAUCAAACACUGGUAAUUUUGCAGUGUUCUAUGUAGGCUUCUUUUCCGGUUUCAAGAACAAAGACGUCGCAUUCUAUCAUCCCAAUUCAAAAAGCCUAAUUGAAGCAGAUUUGUUAUUCAAUCUUCCUCCAACCGAACAGUAUUCCAACACUGAUUCCUCGGGCAAAUGGCCGUUCUCCAGUACUUUGAAUCCGUAUUCCUGGUUCCACAAACGGUUCACCUGGUCGCUGGGCGAGGAUAAGGAAGCCAUGAAGCGGGACGUCCGAACCGUCGCAGGAUGGGACUUUGAGCGUAUUAUCCCUUGUCACGGCGAUGUUAUUGAAAAGGACGGAAACGCGGCGUGGCGCGAGGCAUAUAAAUGGUAUUUAGACUGA